CUGUCAUUCAUCGUCAUCGUCGCGGACACUUUUUUCCUCGCAUUCAGAGGAAAUUUUUCGCAUCGACGGCAAGAGAAGAAUCAACCUCUAUUCCGUGUGUGUCAGUUCGCAUUUGGAAGCAAAUUUCGCGACGUUUUGUUCCGUUUCUCCCUUCGCCAUUUACUGCAAGCUGGUUCCGGUGGGCGUGAAGUAUUCUUUUCCGGUUUCAGUGUCCCAUCUUCGGCGCGUGACGUGGCGGAAUCUGUAGGAAACGAACUUGGAGAUUUCGGAACAUAUUUGGACCCGAGAGGUUACUCCGCUGCUUGAGAGGUGUUGAAGUGUGUGCGAGCGAGCGAGACGGCGAAGAAGGUUCUUUUUGUGAGGAGGUGGCAAAGUGACACAGCCAGCACCAGUUCACUAUCCGUUGCGAGCAAGCAAGAGUGUGGAAAACGAAAACGAAGGCUGUUGGUAUCAAGGAAAAACAUCAGCGGUAUAGUGGCUCCGGUUGGUUUAUUGUGUCAGGAUAAGAAAAGUGGAUCGAAACACUUCUGUUGCAUUGUAGCUGGGAACAUACGCGUUGUUUUUCCACGAAAGUGAAUAAUAGCGAGUGAUUAACUAGCAGCAGUAGCGCGCGGUAACAGUGUGUAAAUAUAAUCAACCUGUAGAGGGGAAGAAAAAUCCACCUGUGUAGAAGCUAAGCAUGCCCACGGAGCAAGUUGUGUAAGUGCUGCUUGGAGGUGAAAUUACCACAAAAUCUAAUCACCGGCGCGUUAGGAAGUGGCCAUCCCUUCACACUGUAGUGGCAAUCAUUCGCGUAUUCUCCUCCAAUAAUCCCUCUCCAUCAGUGUGUGUGUGUGUUCGUGUGCGUGCGUUUGUGUACAUUUUGGGCUGCUGCUGUUGUCGGAUAGUACAUCUCCCCGGGUAGGUGUAAGGAACCACGGCGGCCAGAAGCACGUAGCUCGAGAGACGGACGAACCGCAGGAAGGAAAAAGCGCGCAGCAACGCCGACGAAAGGUGAAGGAGCGACGGGAAGAUGAAUGCCUCCGAUCAUGGAUUCAAUCCAGCAUUUAAUAUGGCCACCAUAAGACAGGCGAUCAACGAGACCAUAGAACGAGAUCUUGGCGUUUUUCUCAAAACAGUUCGCAUCCCGACGCCCACCCGUCUGCGGGAUCUCAUCCGACAGAUCCGUGCGGCCCGGACGGCCGCCGAGGAGCGGGCGGUGGUGAACCGGGAGUGCGCCUACAUCCGCAGCACAUUCCGCGAGGAGGACUCGGUGUGGCGAUGUCGGAACAUCGCCAAGCUGCUGUACAUUCACAUGCUCGGCUAUCCGGCACACUUUGGCCAGCUGGAAUGCCUCAAGUUGACCGCCAGCCCUCGCUUCACAGACAAACGGAUCGGCUAUCUGGGGGCGAUGCUGCUGCUGGACGAACGGCAGGAUGUGCAUCUUCUGAUUACCAACUGUUUGAAGAACGACCUCAACAAUCCGACACAGUUUGUGGUGGGGCUGGCCUUGUGCACCCUGGGGGCGAUCGCUUCUCCCGAGAUGGCUCGCGAUUUAGCUGGAGAGGUCGAGAAGCUGAUGCGCUCGCCAAAUGCGUACAUUAGGAAAAAAGCUGCACUUUGUGCGUUCCGAAUCAUUAAGCGCGUACCCGAGCUGAUGGAAAUCUUCCUUCCAGCCACGAGGUCGUUGCUGAAUGAGAAAAAUCACGGUAUCCUGAUUGCUGGCGUCACCCUAAUCACGGAGAUGUGCGAGAAAAGCCAGGACACAUUGAACCACUUCAAAAAGGAUAGUGGAAAUCAAGAGAUUGUUCCGAAUCUGGUACGAAUACUGAAGAAUCUGAUACUGGCUGGGUACUCGCCCGAGCAUGACGUGAGCGGUGUGAGCGAUCCAUUCCUACAGGUUAAAAUUCUGCGACUGUUGAGAAUACUGGGACACAAUGACCCGGACGCUUCCGAGGCUAUGAACGAUAUUUUGGCCCAGGUUGCUACCAAUACCGAGACGAGUAAAAACGUGGGCAACACGAUACUGUACGAAACAGUGCUCUCCAUAAUGGACAUUAAAUCCGAGGGCGGUUUACGUGUCCUGGCGGUGAACAUUCUCGGUCGGUUCCUGCUGAACAGCGACAAGAACAUUCGCUACGUUGCGUUGAAUACGCUGCUACGAACGGUCCACGCCGAUAUAAGUGCUGUCCAGCGCCAUCGUAGCACGAUUCUGGAGUGUCUCAAAGAUCCGGAUGUCUCGAUACGGCGUCGUGCGAUGGAGCUUUCCUUUGCGCUCAUCAAUUCACAAAACAUUCGGGCGAUGUCGAAGGAGCUGCUGAUCUUCCUGGAGAAAGCGGAUGCUGACUUUAAGGCACAAUGCAGCAGCCGGAUGGUGCACGUGGCUGAGCGAUAUGCUACCUCGAUCCGUUGGCGGUUGGAUACACUGCUCAGUGUGCUGAUUGCGGCCGGAAAUUACGUUCGUGAUGACGUUAUAUCUUCCACAAUUCAUCUGAUUCUGAACAGCCCUGCGGAGGAACAGGCAUACAUUGGUCUUCGAUUGUGGGACUCUCUCCACAAUAUCACAAAUUCUUUCGAAGACAAGCAACCAUUGCUGCAGGUUGCAGUGUGGACGAUCGGAGAGUACGGAGAUUUGCUGCUGAGCAGUGAGCGUAUCGAAGAUGUUGAAAUUCCUGCAGAAAGUGAGCUGGUUGACCUGUAUCAGAAGUUGCUGUGGUCCACUUCGGUAUCGAUCACCAGUAAACAGUAUGCGCUUGUUUCGUUGGCCAAGCUGAGCACCAGAAUCCACAGCAAGGAUGAGGAAGCUCGAGCGAAGCAGGUUAUAGAAGCAUUUGGCACCCAUCUGCACAUUGACCUGCAGCAGCGAGGUGUGGAGUUUUCCCAGCUCUUCCGGGAGUAUAGUCAUCUCCGUCCGGCGUUAUUGGAGAAAAUGCCAAAAAUUCAGAAGUCUCUCCCGAAUGGAACUGACAACGGUGGCAUUUACGAGGAACAUUCGAACGAUCUGAUUGAGAGUGGUGGGGACGAGUCGGAGGGCAAUGGAAUUAUUUCCAGCAGCGUAACCAAAAUUGGCACGGACGCUCUUCUAGAUUUACUCGGGGGUGGAGAUGACCCAGCGGAAAGUAUAGACCUAGUCCCUUCUGUCACCGUGAAGCCAUCCACUACCAGUAGUUCGAACAACCAAGACCUGCUGGACCUACUUGGAGGGCUAGAUAUGCCAUCAAGUACACCACCUGCAGCGAUUCAUCCCCUCGGUGGAGGAGGAAUUGGUUUGGAUUUAAACAGCUUGAAUGACAAUAGCAUUAAGGUGACAAAUACGAUACCCGGCACUGUCACGUCUUCGUCCUCGUUCGGUGGGCUGGAGAAUUUACUGAAUUCUAACACGACGCCUGUGACAAUUCCUGUGGGUGUUGUUUCACCCACCAGCACUAUUAACGCGACGAGUGGCUUGUUCAACAACACUGGUAACAACACCUCGAAUAGCCUCUUCAAUAACGUCUCGGCAGUUAACAAUAAUGAGGAACACUCCAAGACAUUGACAGCCUUAGAUAAGAACGGUCUAUUCGUGCAGCUUAUGGCAAAGUAUAGUGGCGGAUGUUUGCAUAUCGUCAUGACGGCUAUAAAUAAUUCGUUAAGCACAUUAGAACAAUAUUUAUUCCAGGCUGCCGUUCCACGUAGCUUCACGCUGCAAAUGCUGUCCCCCUCUGGGUCGAUGCUGCCUCCCGGUGGAACUAUAACGCAGGAAAUGCGCGUUUCCAGCACUGCUAAGUCCACUCUCCGGAUGCGACUGCGGAUAUCGUACCAAUGCGAUGGUAACCCGGUGCUAGAGCAAACCGAGGUAUCCGGAUUCCCCGAAGAGCAAACGCCGCUCGAAUGAGGUCCGAACUGGAACGUGAACAUUACGGUUAAGUUUUAGUUUGCGCAGGAGCGCGAUAGUUUAGCGCGGGAGCUGUGUCGUCGGGCUCAUUCUUAAUACGGACCACCAGCAGAUUCGUCGUGCGCUUUGUCUCUUGGUUUUUGUACUUCUCCGUGAGUUAAUAUUUUUUUUAAUUUCUAGGAACAAUUUUUAAUAAGCUAAUCUAACACAAAUGGCAAAAAUCGUGAGUCCUUCCCCCCUCCGAACACAUGUGCAUACUAUAUUGGCUGUUUUUUUUUUUCUUUCGAAAGCGUUUCCCGAAACUGGUUAACUAAUAUUUACCGUUACGGAACAUGUACAACUAAGAGAAACGGGUGAAAUGUGAAUAAACGUAACGUGAGUGUGUGCAGUCAUGUAUGUGUGUGAUGUAAUUGAGUGACCGAGAAUUGUUGUAAAUAUUCCUAAUACUGAAUGAGAUGCGAUAUUAAACUACAACCGAACCUUCGUAAGGGAACCCCCAGGGUGGCCAGAACUGAUUGUGAGGAGAAUGGUAAUCCAGAGAAAAGAAUUCAGCUCAAAAAACGUAAAAGCUUGAAAGGAAAAUGCGAGACAAAUAACAUUGUGACAGCCUCUCUUCUACCGCAUAAGGAUACAUUGAGCGCAACCAUUGUUUUUGAUUUGCUGCUGCGCUAUUAUGUUUAGAAACCAACAAAAUACUAAGCAAGUUUUCCGUCCAAGAAACCCAUUUAAGCGUGUAAGAUGUAAGAUGGUAGAAGAAUGUUCAAACAGUUAUAUUUCUGUUUUGUGCUCACCCCAAGUUUGAAGGACAAAUGCUCUGCUUCGGCUUUAUAUGAAAUUCUAGGUUCUGUAUAUUCCUUGAAAAAAAAUCCUAUUCAUCCCUCUGUUCGCAAAACAUAAAAUACGAUUAGCAACUUUCGUUGCUGUGAAAAUUAUUCCCCUAUCCUGAAUUGCUGCGAGCGCCUUAACAUUUCUGACUUACACAUACAAACAACAGUAUUUUUAUACCAUGAGAAACACUUGCUAAAGAGAUGUUGAAAAGAUACAGUAGUAGAACUCCGCGGCGAGUGUAAGUAGAAAGACAAAUGCUAUUUGGGGAUAAAACGGUAACUACUAAUUAAUUACAAAAAACAACACUAAGGCUUAAGCUGUAAGUAACAUUAAGUAGGCGAAGUUUAGAGCGAGAAAGAGUUGGACACAAUAACAGAAAAAAUAUACCACAUAACAAAGACAUAAGACAUGAUGACAUGCAGAAACAUAAGAUGGAGGGAAAAUUGUUAUUGUUCGCAUUCAGAGCAAGAGGUUAACUGAGAAAAGGAUAGAAGGAACAACAUCUGAAAAAUCUAUAAAUAUAUGUAUAAUACAUACUCAAUUAUAUAUGAAA